AAGUAGAAGUAGAAGUCACAUGCUUAGUUUUCAGCGAGUGGGUACUGAACUGAAGUAGUAGAAGCAGAAUUAGUAGAGUAGUUCUCAUUUUUUGCAUUUGGAUCUCAACGAUGAUCGCAGGAGAAGAAGAAAAAGUGGAAAACAAGCAGGUCAUAUUCAAAGGGUACAUAGAUGGAGUUCCUAAAGAGACCGAUAUGGAACUCAAGCUUACAAAAAUUGAACUCAAGCUUCCCACUCAAGCUCAAGGCACUAGUGCUCUACUUGUCAAGAAUCUCUACCUCUCUUGUGACCCAUACAUGCGAGGUCGUAUGCGUGAUUUCCAUGGAUCUUAUAUAGCCCCUUUUGUUCCUUCUCAGGUCCUUGAAGGUUUUGGUGUAUCGAAAGUUAUAUUCUCUGAUAAUCCAAAUUUCAAGGCAGGCGAUUUCAUCUCUGGAUUCACUGGCUGGGAAGAAUAUAGCUUCAUCCAUAAAACAGAUCAGUUGAGAAAAAUUCAGCCAGAUCAUCAAAUUCCCCUCUCCUUCCAUCUCGGUCUUCUUGGAAUGCCAGGUUUUACAGCUUAUGCAGGAUUUUAUGAGGUCUGCUCCCCAAGCAAAGGAGAAUAUGUUUUUGUAUCUGCAGCAUCAGGUGCUGUAGGUCAGCUUGUAGGCCAACUUGCUAAGUUGCAUGGGUGUUAUGUAGUUGGAAGUGCUGGCUCAAAGGAAAAGGUUGACCUUCUAAAGAAUAAGCUUGGAUUCGACGAAGCUUUUAACUACAAGGAAGAAUUAGACUUGGAUGCUGCUCUGAAGAGGUAUUUUCCACAAGGCAUUGACAUCUACUUCGAUAACGUGGGUGGGGACAUGCUUGAUGCUGCACUCCUUAACAUGAGGAUUCAUGGUAGAAUUGCACUCUGUGGGAUGGUGUCUCAGAAUAGCCUUUCUAAUCCCCAAGGGAUUCACAACUUAUACAAUCUCAUUACAAAGCGCGUCAGAAUGCAGGGUUUUUUGCAAAGUGAUUACUUGCACUUAUACCCUCGCUUUCUGGAACAUGUUUCUAGUUACUACAAGCAGGGAAAGAUUUUUUAUGUUGAAGACAUGAAUGAAGGCUUGGAAAGUGCUCCAGCUGCUUUGGUUGGACUUUUCUAUGGCAAGAACGUUGGUAAGCAAGUCAUUCGCGUUGCCCAUGAAUGAUUUUCUUUUUUUCUUUAUUCCCUAGCAGAAGCUUGUUAUGUUGUAAAACUUAAUUCACUUGAAUUUUUUCAUCUCUAUGUGCUCUAGUUUAGUUUCGGAAUCGUUUGAAGUUAGAUGAUAUCACCAUAGCAGAUAAACAAGAUAAAGAAAGAUUAAAUGUAGUCUCAGCCACGAUAAUUCCCUGGCCAAUGGCAAUGCAUA